AUGGCUGUGAGAGAAGAGCAUCCAGAGGAAUACUUUGAGCAUGAUCCUACAUGCUUGCGUAUUUACAGAUUUAUUGCUAAUAUUUUUAAUGCCACAUCGUUACCAACUGAAGGUGCAAUAAUAACCUUGGUCUUCUUAGAAAGGCUUUUGUCGUAUGCUGAGAUUGACAUCUGUCCCACUAACUGGAGGAGGAUCGUCCUGGGAGCCAUUCUUCUUACCUGCAAGGAUUGGGAUGAUGAGACUCUGUGGAAUGUGGAGUUCUGCCGGAUCUUCAAGGAUGUUACACUUGAGGACAUAAAUGAGUUGGAAAGGCAUUACUUGGACCUGCUUAAGUUUAAUGUUAAAGUGCCUGUCAGUGUUUAUGCCAAAUACUACUUUGACCUUCGUUCUUUAGCAUAUGACACCGGCUUGUGUUACGUGCCUGUGCCUCUGACCAAAGAAAGACCACAAGCCCUAGAGGCCAUGUCAGGAUUGUGUGAAGAUAAAUAUUUGUGCACAGGAGCUGUGAGAAGAUCAUCCAGUGAUGGCAACUUUGUUGGUUUUUUUUGUCUAAUAUCAUUCUGUCUUAAAAGGGAGAAAUGGGACCUAAGACAUCAUGAACCCCUUAUUUUCAAAAACUGGAGAAAUACCACCUCUCUUGCAAAACAAACAAACACACAAAAAAACCCAGCAAAGUUAAUAUUUUCACCAAAAGGAAAGACCUUGAAUUCAAGAAACUCCUGGACAGUGACAGUUGGACUGCAUGGGAAAGAAAGAGGCCUUGUCAAAGCACCAACACACUUCCUGUCUUCAUUGAUGUGAGCAGUUGCAAGCACUGCAAAGCAGAAGCUCCAGACUGACACAGAUGCAUUUGCAAGGUUUUUGAAUUAAGAGUUUCAAUUUAAACUACUUUAAAGUUUUAAUUAAUUUUUAAAAAAUAGAUUUAAAAAUAGUACCCAUAUAAUUGUUCUGCCCCCAUAUUGCUACAUAUGCCUUUAGGAUUGUUGCAGUAUUACCAUUAAAAUAUGGGGAUCUUUUUUAUUGCAUGGUGCUAAAAAAUAAAACCCAGAAUCUUAACCAUAACCUGGCAGGGUGUUUACCACUGAGCCAUCCACCCAGGCCCACACAUGGGCAUGUUCAUACUUAUGAAGCCCCUGAGGAGUAGACUGUCACUCUGUCAGGUAUUGAAGGUUCUUCCUUCCUGUGGUGUCAUUGAGUUGCUAGUCAUUAUUGUCAAUCAGUUUACACAGAAAAGCUGCUGCAGAACACUUGCCACUCAUGUUCUUUGCAAGCACUACUUAAUACCAUUGGGGCAUGUUUGUGGUCAUAAAGAGAAAGCCUCAGUUAUGGACUGUCUACUUCUAUUGGGUCCAUGCUGCAUCUUGUGAACUCUUCAUGGUCCUUCACAUUUUCCGAUGAUUUUCCUGUUGCUAAAUAAACAUAAUAGAAGACAUUUUCACAACACAAACCAACAGGGUGGUCUAGUGGUAACCAACAGAUAGUAAAAUACAAGGUGUCCCAAAAGUUUCAGUGUAGUUUUAAGCCUUACUCUACUGUGCUGCUGCCUCCCAGGGCACUGCAGCAAAAGCUGCAAACUUUUCUAAAACAUCAUUGGAAAAUUUCAAUCUUGCAAAUUUGGAAUAUUGAGCUUUUAUUCUUAUUUUUUUUUCCUAGUGUCUCUUAGAGGGAGUAGAAGAAAGAGGAACUGGGACAAAAAUUGCAAUUAAAAGCUUAAUGUUCUGCAUUUUAAAAAUUAAAACUUUCAGGUGAUAUAACAUUAUAGCUUCUGUACUUAUACAGGUUUCAAAGCUUAAAAUUACACUAAGAUUUUUGGGAUGCUUUGUAUUGCCACAGAAUUUCCCUUGUGUUUUUAAAUAGUUCUUUGAGAGCUGUGCACUAUCUGCUUUGAUCACCUAAAUUUCUUUUCUCUAGAUUUGGUAAAGGAAGAUUAUUAAGAGCAGUGUUAAUUCACAUGUUAUAAAAAGGAAUUGGGAAAAAAAAAAAAAGGAAUUGGACCCCAAUAGCAGCAAAGUGAUAUGAAAGUUUCUUUUAAAGUCUACCCUACAUGUUAACCUGGCUAUAGAUGCCCCAUUUCAAGUCCUUCUAUUUAAGAGGGAACUUACACAAACCUUAUGAAUGUUACUGAAGGAUUUAAAGGGAAGAGAUUAAGCAACUUGAGGGGGUUUACAACAAUGUUACCUAAAUUUGAAAUAUUAAUAUUGAUUAGUGUUCUUUCCCUUUGAUUCUCUGGCAUCUCAAAUGUAAUCCUAGGAAUCUUGUCUGUAACAAAGCACUUCCAGCCCAGCAAUAGUUUCUCAUAGUGUAACAGGGCCUCACACAACCUUGCAUAUUGCAGGUUCCACUGUGUUUUUUAAAAAAGACAUAAGAGAUAAGCAGUGGCAUAUGAAAUAUUAAAAUCUACCGCCUCUAAAUUGUUUAUAGAAUUUUAAGCUCAGAGAUCUGAAUAUUAAUUGCAAUUUUAGUUUGAAAAA